AUGAGCGGGGGUCACAGGCUCUGGGCACGCUGGCUGCCCCCCCGCCUGCUUCUCUCGGGUGUGACUCCGCCCUGCCAAGCUAGUGCCGCCAGGCUGCCGUCUGGGCAGCCAGGGCUGGCCCUCCCUGAAGCCCACGACGCAGGGGGGUCUGGCUGCACAGCACAGCCCUGGCAGCAGGGGCUAGCCCAGGCCUCGGGGCCAGGCAGGCGUGUGCCGGCAGCCGGCGGGGGGCGGCCCGCGGCCCGGCCCGGCCCGGCCCGGCCCGGCAAUGACCCGCCCCCGGGGGUCCUGCCCCACAUCCCUGUCCAGGGCGGGGGGAGGCGCCAACGGCUGCAGCGCGAGCGCGAGCGCGGCCCCUGCCGCCUCUCGGCGCCUUUUCCCCGCUCCUCGCGCCGGGACAGCCGUUGGGCCCCGCCCCCCGCGGCUCUCUCAGCCAAUCACAGCGCAGGGGGGCCGGCGACUUGCGCCGGCCACAGGCACCGCCCCUUCCCCCGCGCAUGCGCAGUGGCAGCGGCUCGGGCCUCGCUGCUGCUCCCCCGUUCAUUUCUUGGGGUCCUCCUUCAGCGCCCCUCCAGAGCAAUGCCGAAGCCCCCUGUGCUUCCGCCAUGCUGCCCCACCAGCCUGGGCUCUGUCGCCGAGCCGGGCUCCCUGGCGGGGCAGUUACACCAGCACGUGACUGAGGGCAGGCUCAGGAAGACCAAGAAGCUGCUGAAGAGAGGGGUGGAUGUGGAUGGCCAAAACACAGCAGGACAGACAGGCCUCUUCGUUGCCGCACUGCUGGGACACACCAUGGUCGCCCGGCUCUUCCUCCGGUUCAGAGCAGAUCCCAACCACCGGUGUUAUGAUGGCAGCACUCCCGUCCACGCAGCCGCCUUCUCCUGCCAGCGGCCCCUCUUCGCCCAAGUCCUGGAGGCGGGAGGUGACCUGAGACUCCAUGAUCAGCAGGGCAGGACCCCCCAGGACUGGGCUGAACAAGCUGGGAGUGACCAGAAUGCCGAGGUGCUGGCAUUCAUUCAGCAGUGCCGUGCCCGAAUGGUGGGGCUGACUCUGCACAGGGAGCAGGGAGCCACGCAGACGCUUUCCAGCAGGGUAGAGGACUCGCCACGCAGCCUGCGUUCCUCCUUGUCCUCGCUGCUCUCUGCCUUCUUCUGGUCUCUGGACAGCUCUGGGACAGAUUGGAGCGGCAGGGGACCUGUGGUGGGAUUUGGCCAGCUGUGCCCCAGUGGCCCCCUGCGCCCCAGUUUCGCCUCUGUCACCCCCAUCGCAGACCCAGAUGAGCUGCUGCGGGCACAGGCCGAGCCGGACCUGAGCUAUGAGAAUGGGCCCUACACACUCAUGAGCAACUGCCUGUGGAAGGGACAGUUCGUCACUGUGCGAUGGCUGAAACCAGAGCCCCCUGGCAGCAGGCCCCACGGCCCCACGGACUUGCUGGUGGCAGAGCAACAGCACUGCAGCUGUCUGCACCACCCCCAGCUGCUGCUACUCCUGGCUGUGAGCCCUUCCCUGGACUUGUGCGAGGUGCGUCUGGUGUUCGAGAGGGUGGAGAUGGGCUCCCUCUACUGGGCCCUGCACCAAGAGGCACCCUGCCCCCCUGCACCCCCCUCCUGCCUGGCUGCCUUGCGCCUGCUGCUGCAGCUGUGUGAGGCGCUGUUGUUCCUGCAUGGGCAGGGGUAUGUGCAUCGUGCUCUCACCUCCCACGCAAUCCAGCUGGUGCGCCCCGGCCUGGCCAAACUCAGCAGCCUGGAGUACAUGCGGCCACGGGCCGAGACUGGGCCUCGGGACCCCGCACCACCCCCCGAGCUCUAUAACUGGCUGCCCCCGGAGGUGAUCCGUGACCGCCCAGCCUCCACGACCUCCGACUUGUAUAGCUUCUGUGCCGUCACCCAGGAGAUCUUCACAGGUGCCGUGCCCUGGUAUGGGGCAGAGGGUGUGGCUGUGCAGCAGUGGGUGCAGGCAGGGCGGGCUCUGGCCCCUGCUGCCUGUGUGCCCCCUCCCUGCUAUGAGGUGGUGAGGGCUGGACUGGCCUUCCGGGAGCGGGAACGCUAUGGCUCCCUGCCUGACAUUCGCUACAUCCUGCGCAAGGCCCUGCAGGAGGCCACGGGGCGGCCGGUCGGCCCACUGUCCCUGUCUCCCAGGAGGCUGUGCACAUGGGCAGGAGAGGCCUGGACCCCCCUGGAGUGCCUCCCUGCAGGUGAGAGCCAUAGGGUGCGGAUGGGGUGGACAGGGUGUACUGUCUCCAGGCCCUCGCCCCCACCCCUCUGCUCCCCAGAGGUAGGGGAUGGCAGCCCAGAGCGGGCAGCAGCUGAUGGCAAUGCAGGCCGAUGGGCUGAGCCAGGCAGGGGUAGCCCAGUGCCCGGGCUGCAGGGCAAGGGGCAGUCCAGCCCCCAGGUGUGCCAGGCCAGAGAAGCCUCAGACAGCAGCUUGGAGGUGGACAGCAGCAGCCAGGAGGAGACAAGGGGCUGGGAGAGAGGCAGCCCAGGCUCCAGCACCGCGGAGCCAGCCCGGUCCCCAGCCCUGCCCUGUGUCAGCAGCCUCCAGGCCUCAGCCUGCCUGCUGGAUCAAGCCCAGGCCUCGCUGGAAACCCUGGAGCGCCGCUUUGCCUCUGGCAUCCAGGCCCUGCAGGACUUAGUCAGCCUCCAGGGGGUGCUCCCGGCCCGGCCACGCUGCGGCAGGCGUGGGGCUGGCCAAACGGGCCCCCGGGCAUGCUGCAGCCUGGGGGCCCUGCAAGGGUCUGGCCGGCCACCCAUGGCCCCAGUAGGUGAGCACAGCGGGGGGCCCAGGGGUUGUCCCCUGCAGACCCUCAUCGAUUUCUCUGCCUGGGUGCGAAUGCAGGAGCAGCAGCAGGGCCUGGGAUGCUCCGACCCAGCCCGUGAACCCGCCCUGGACAGCCCCUUUGGCACCCUGCAGUCGCUGGACCUGCUGCAGGAGAUCAUCGACGAGCUGAAGGGCACGGGAGAUGCUGCGGUCAGGCAGCUGGCGAGCAGGGAGCAGAGCAGGCCAAGAGGCUGCUGGAAAUGUAUGAAGACCCUGGGACAUGAUCCUUCUUCAUCUCAGAUCUGCUCUGGGGUUCAAGAGGGGGAAACCCUGAGCCAUAAGGACUGAGAUCCCCGUCACUGACUGGAGUCACCCUGAACAUGGACAUUGGACUGUAACCUCUGGACUGUUUCCAAAAGGACUUUUGGCCACUACAAACUCAUCUCUGCUCUGUAUCUGAACCUCAAGAAUUGAACUCAAGUCUGUCUGUGUAUUGAUCUUUUCUUUUUAAUACAUUUUGGUUUAGUUAAUAAGAAUUGACUAUAAGCCUGUAUUUUGGGUAAAUUCUAAGUUAUCAUUUGACCUGGGUGUGUGGCUGAUCCUUGAGGUUGGAAGAACCCUUCCUUUUCAUAUGAUGAAAUACAAUCAUCAUCAUAUCUGACAGGUUUCAGAGUGGUAGCUAUGUUAGUCUGUAUCAGUAAAACAAUGAGGUGUCCUUGUGGCAUCUUGGAGACUAACAAUUUAUUUGGGCAUAAGCUUUUGUGAGCUAAA